AUGCGGCGACGCGAGAAAUCACCGCCCGGAUCUGAUGAGGGACACAAAUCCGGCAGAGACUCCAUACGCUCAGGGGAAAACCUGGCCGAUCAAUGGGGACUGAACGACCCGCAGCCAGGAGAUGAGGAGAUCAAGACCGACCUCGACGGCAUCAGGGACGACAACCCGCUGACAAGGAUGAAAAUUAGAACCAAAGGAUGGCCAUUGCAAGCCGGUCGUUGGAGCGCUACGACGGGAGAAUUGUUCGUCGGCUCGCGCACCUGGCAAAAGAAGAGGGAGCCGAGAUACAAAAGUUGGGUGCCGGCUGGGGGGUAUCUGGAGUCUUACCAAUACUACACCUCGGACCAGCUGCAGAAGGUGGUUGACGAGUACUUCGAAAAGACCGAAAGGGAGCUGAAGAAGAAGCUGGACGACGCCGCUGCCACCAUGAAAGCCGCGCAAGAGGCCCAUUCUGUCAACCGGAAAAACCUGGCCGAUCAAUGGGGACUGAACGACCCGCAGCCAGGAGAUGAGGAGAUCAAGACCGACCUCGACGGCAUCAGGGACGACAACCCGCUGACAAGGAUGAAAAUUAGAACCAAAAUCUCGACGGUGACAGCGACCCCAGGCGAAGAGGAACGGAAACGACUACUCGCCGAACGACAGCGCAAAUCGAAUGAGCGACAAUGGAAGGCGGACAAGAAGCAGCACAGCAAGAAA